GAGUCGCCUUGGCUGACACGUGGUGCUGCUUGGCGCUCUUCGAUAUUCGCGGGUGUUGACUUGAAUCGUUAGAGAGAUCGUUUUUGUCAGUCAGUGGAAGACAGCGAAUCUGUAGACAACGUGCUCCAGAAAUUGCUAUUCAAGUGUACUUCACCUUCAUCUUCAACAUGGCAUCAUCUGAUAUCCAAGUCAAGGAACUGGACAAGCGAGCAUCAGGGCAGGCUUUUGAGCUUAUUCUAAGCCCUCCUUCUGCUGAAGCUGCGCCACCAGAACUUCCACUUGCCUCUCCCAAAAAGAAGGAUGUUUCUUUGGAAAUGAUCCAAAAGAAACUAGAAGCAGCAGAAGAGAGGCGAAAGUCUCAGGAAGCAGAAGUCCUGAAGCACUUGGCUGAAAAACGGGAACAUGAAAAGGUGGUGCAUGAAAAAGCAGUAAAAGAAAAUGAUAACUUCAGUAAAAUGGCAGAAGAAAAACUGACGCACAAAAUGGAAGCAAAUAAGGAAAACAGGGAAGCACAACUUGCUGCAAAACUUGAGCGUUUGAAAGAGAAGGAAAAGCAUGUUGAAGAGGUGCGAAAGAAUAAAGACGGCAGCAAACCAGAUGAGAAAUGAACAUAGCUACUUGGUUUUGAAAUUUGUUUUUGGUUGUCUUGUUUUCUUACUAUGUAUCCAAAGAGUUUUUCCCUUUAAGGCCAGUGUAAUGUGUUGGAGCUGUUACAUUUUUCAGUUAUGUGAAAAGCAAGAGUCUGCCGUUUCGUUUAGAGGAAGUGCUUGCAAGAUUCUUUUUGUGAGUGCUUUCCCACAUUUUUUCUCGUGCUUUCUUCAUGUUGGCUUUGUAAUUUUGCUGAUUUAUGUAGACAAUUUGUAAUAAAAUUUGAAAACUAAAAAUUGCAGCAUGCUCAUCAAAGCUUUCCGUAUAGUUAUGCUAAGUAUUACUGUUACAAUUAAGCUCUGUUGUAUAAAGCAGCUGGCAGAAGUCUGUUACAGAAAAAAAAAGCACUAAUAAAUAUGCAGUGAUGUAAAUA